AUAAUUCCAUUGCUUUUCCCAAUAUGAUCAUGAAUAUAAGCACCAUAAGGUUGUCAAUGGUUAUAAUCAUAGAAAGGCUAGAUCCCAGAUCUCUGAAAACAACCAGGCCAAACCAUGGAAAUUGAAGCUUUGUUCUUCUGCUUUCUUAUCUUCAUCAUCUCGUACUUCCUCACAAAGCAACUCCUCCGACAAAACAAGAACCUCCCACCAAGCCCUUCCUAUUGCCUCCCCAUCAUAGGCCACCUACACCUCUUCAAGAAACCCAUCCACCGGGCCUUUGCUGACCUUGCCCACCGCUAUGGUCCGGUCCUGUCCAUGCGAUUUGGGUCCCGCCCCGUGGUCCUCGUCUCCUCCCCCUCAGCUGCGGAGGAGUGUUUCACCAGGAAUGACAUCGUCCUUGCCAACCGCCCUCAGCUGCUGGCGGGGAAACACCUUGGCUACAACUACACCACCCUUGUGUGGGCCUCCUACGGUGACCACUGGCGCAACCUGAGACGCAUCGCUUCGACGGAGAUAUUGUCCUCCCAUCGCCUUCAGAUGUUCUAUAGCAUCCGCGUCAAGGAGAUCAGAUCAUUGGUCGGCCGCCUUCUCCAAGCAUCAGAGAGCAAAGAGUUUGGGACCGUGGAGAUGAAGACAAUGUUUUUCGAGCUGACACUGAAUGUCAUGAUGAGGAUGAUCGCGGGGAAACCAUACUAUGGAGAGAAAUUGGAGGAAUGCGAGGAGGCCAGGAAGUUCAAGGAGAUUGUAGCAGAGACCUUCCAAUUAAGCGGGGCCACGAAUAUGGUCGAUUUCUUGCCAGUCUUGAAGUGGUUUGGCAUGAGCAGGAUCGAGAAGAAGCUGAUCAUAUUGCAGGAGAAGAGGGACAGAUUCUUGCAGAAUCUGAUUGAAGAACACAGGACAAAGAGGCCGCUUUUGACAAGUGAAGGUACGAGCAGAACAAUGAUCGACGUUCUAUUGUCGCGGCAAGAAGCAGAGCCCGAGUACUACACUGAUCAAAUCAUCAGAGGAAUGAUACAGGUCCUGCUAUCGGCGGGGACCGAUACUAGCGCCGGCACGAUGGAAUGGGCACUAUCUCUUCUUUUGAACAAUCCCGAGGCCUUGGCGAAAGCGCAGGCCGAGAUCGACGCUUACACGGGACAGAACAGGCUGAUCGAGGAAUCGGACCUGGCAGAGCUUCCUUAUCUCCAAGGUAUCGUCACCGAGACGCUUAGGAUGUACCCGGCUGCUCCGCUGAUUCCGCCCCACGAAUCAUCCGAAGAGUGCACCGUCGGCGGCUUCCGGGUCCCAUACGGCACGAUGCUAUUGGUCAACAUAUGGGCCAUCCAGAACGAUCCGAAGUUGUGGGCCGAGCCCGGAAAGUUCAUGCCUGAGAGGUUCCAAGGCCUCGGAAUGGAAAGUAAUCUAGGCUUCACAAUGUCGCCGUUUGGGGCGGGCAGGAGGCGAUGUCCUGGCGAAGCGCUCGCGACGCGGAUGGUCGGUUUGGCACUCGGGACGUUGAUUCAGUGCUUUGAUUGGAAAAGAAUCGGAGAAGAAAUGGUCGACAUGAGCGAAGGGGCGGGCCUCACCAUGCCCAAAGCUCGACCGUUAGUCGCGAAGUGCCGACCGCGUAAAGCCAUCUCGCACCUAAUUUCUCAGUGCCGUGACUAGCGAAUGUAUGUGUUGCCUAUGUUAAGAAAUGUGCAUUUCAACUUUAAUUGGGUUUA